UGUCUUACUGUUUAUUGUGCAUGUUAAAUUGCUACAUGUACAGCACUUUGUAUGCAGCGAUGGCUGUUUGAAAGUGCUCUAUAAAUACUGUUGACUUGACUUGACUUGAACCAAAAUCGGCAACUACAGUGGACAAUUUUACCAUGUUAUCAAGUUUCAGGGUGCAUGAAAGAGUUAAAUUAAUUUUAGUGAGAAAAAAAAAACACGAAACACUGAAGCCGCAAAUCUUGAAGCACGAAGUGGCGAGGGAUCACUGUAGUUGGUUUGGGUUACUGCUGAUUCCUAAAAAAAAAAAAAAAAAGAAAUGGAAUCAUAUUUUUAUGUGUGAUGAAUGGAAGUUUAACUUUCAUUUGGUAGAGUACACGUUUGCAUUGUCAUUAAACAAUAUUCCGUGAGCAUUGAAAUAUGUCAGAAUGCUCCAGUUCGACUUUCAUUAGAUCGUUUUUUUCUUUGUUGCUUAUAUUUGACGGAAAAAAAAAGAACAUAGCAAGAUACUGAGGGGGCAAAAUACUUUGUUAAAAAAACACACUACUAUGUACUUAUUCAUACUUCUAAUCUAUACUCACAUGUCACUCCACUGUGUUCCUAAGUUAUGCCCCAUUUCUGUUUCACUUUAUAGAAAACAGCCACCAAGCACAUCUGAAGAAAAUGGUCUUUUACAAUGACUUUUUAGAUAUGGUCAGAAGCGGAUCGUUUGUCCCCUCAGCAGCAAUCAGCCCCGCAGGGAGCCGUGGGGCUGAUGACGAUAAUGAGGGUGCACUCUUGGGCAACUGCAUUGAGGGAGCCUGCUGCUCUUGCACUGUGCUCUGUGUCAGCGCAUGAUGUGGUGAGGUGUACACACAUGGAAAGGACACAUUUGUAAGGCUUUAAGAUCACAGGCAGUUAUUAGAAAUCCAAGUAAUGCCAGUUUGAUGAGAGCAUGGCUUUUAUCGGCAACCUUAUCACAGUCCUCCAGAGUUCGUCUAUCCCACGGUAAGCUUCUCAGAAUUUUUUCUUUUUAUCUAGUCUUUUAUCUUUGUUUGAUUUACUACUGUGCUGGUGCAGUCUCAAGAAAAUAUAAUACAGUUGAGUUCGCUCUCUCUCUCUCUCUCUCUCUCUCUCUCUCUCUCUCUCUCUCUCUCUCUCUCUUGAUCUCUCUCUCUCUCUAUCUAUCUAUCUAUCUAUCUAUCUAUCUAUCUAUCUAUCUAUCUAUCUAUCUAUCUAUCUAUCUAUCUAUCUAUCUAUCUAUCUAUCUAUCUAUCUAUCUCUCUCUCUCUCUCUCUCUCUCUAUCUAUCUAUCUAUCUAUCUAUCUAUCUAUCUAUCUAUCUAUCUAUCUAUCUAUCUAUCUAUCUAUCUAUCUAUCUAUCUAUCUAUCUAUCUAUCUAUCUAUCUAUCUAUCUAUCUAUCUAUCUAUCUAUCUAUCUAUCUAUCUAUCUAUCUAUCUAUCUAUCUAUCUUUAAAAAAUCCUCAUCUCACUCCUCGGGUGGUGUCCGUCCCUCAUUCAGCUCGGGUCCUCUACCAGAGGCCAGGAAGCUUGAGGGUUCUGCGCAGUAUCCUUGCUGUUCCCAGCACUGCACAUUUCUGGACUGAGAUGUCCGAUGUCGUUCCCGGGAUCUGUUGCAACCACUCAUCUAGUUUGGGGGUCACUGCCCCGAGUGCUCCGACCACCACAGGCGCGACUGUCACCUUUACCUUCCAGGCUCUCUCCAGCUCCUCUCUGAGCCCUUGGUAUUUCUUGAGUUUCUCGUGUUCCUUAUUUCUGAUGUUUCCAUCACUUGGGAACGCGACAUCCACUACAACGGCUUUCCUCUGCCCUUUAUCUAUGAUCACGAUAUCUGGUUGGUUCGCCAUUACCAUCUUGUAGAGUCUGGAUCUGGAAGUCCCACAGGAUCUUCGCUCUGUCAUUCUCCACCACUUUCAGAGGUGUUUCCCAUUUUGACCUUGGGGUUUCCACUCCAUACUCCGCACAGAUGUUUCGGUAGACUAUGCCAGCCACCUGGUUAUGGCGUUCCAUGUAGGCUUUCCCUGCCAACCAGGGAUUUCACCAAGCUUACUGUUUUUGUCAAUACUAAAAGUUGUGCUAUCAAUACAGUGCAGUGCAUACACCCUUAUUUUUGUGACGCCGAUGAACGUAACACCGCAUUACUGCACUGGCCUGUUGUAUGAUCUGGCCACUGUUCCCAAAGUACAUUGUGUGGCACAAUAUAUUUAAUUUGUGAAGGUAUAAGUAUGUUAAUGCUUCUCAUGUCUCUGUUUUGUUAUCAGUAGUUGAAUGCGUGUCAUAUUGUUCUAUCAUAUUGUGUCUCCUCUUGUUUUAUAUUGAGAGGGAAGAAAUUUCAUCUGUGCUGUAUGUUACACUUACGUACAGUACAUUUGACAAUAAAGUUGUAUUUAAUUCAAUUCAAUAUUAAAACACGAACAUUUAGUUCUGUUAAAUAUUGAACAAUUGAAUCCUUGAGUGAUCGAUCGGCCUUUAAAGGCCUUGAUCGCAUUUAUCGCUCACUCACUUUUUCACAAAUAUCGGCCGAUAAUGAGUGGCCACCAAUCGAUCGGCGCAUUCCUCGUCCAUUAUACAUAUGUACGUUAUCUCUUUCCUUCUCUCUGUCUCUCUCUGUCUCUCUCUUUUUCUGUGUGUGAAUGUGUGUGUGUGUGUGUGUGUGUGUGCGCGCGCGCAUGCAUGAUGCAGGCACUCAGUAUGACAAAUGAAACAAGCCAUUUUGUAAAUAGAAUGAGAUGUGAGGUCUUUGUGGCUUCCAGGUGGCAGGCUGAGGUGUGAUGCUGAAAUAUGAAAUGGAGCCGAGAAGCUUUGUUACUCUGCAGCCGCAACGCUUUAUCUCUCUAUUAGUUUCUGUCAGUUUGUGUUUCCUUAUUGUCCGUGGAAGGGGGAAAAAACCUGAAAAAAAAAACCUAAAAAAAGAGUUUGGGUCAAAAUAUGCUGAUUUUGAGCAGCUUAGAGGAAGUAAGGCAAAUAACGCUCCUGAAAGUCAUGAGUUGUCUUCUCUUGAGGAUAUCAUUCUAGAGUGACAGGCCUCACUCUGCAGAAAAAAAAUGAAUAUCAAAGUUUAGCAGAAUCCCUGUCACACUUUGAGAUAUUUUUAACUGAAUACAUCAAGUAAAACACUUGAGCUGCUGCGUGCCCUCACGUUUGAGCGGCACCUUGUCCAUCUUUGCUUUGAGCGUGAUUGAGUUUGUUUGCCCUUUUCAUUGUCUGCAUUGAUUUUGUGUCGGCGUUUAGUUUUGUUGCUGUGCUAGUUAGUGGAAUGUGGAACUGUGUAGCGUUGACCUUUUCUAACCAUUUUCUUAGCCACAAUAUUAGGGAGACCUGCUCGAUCCAGCGAGGUCCAAUACAAGAACAGAGCGAUGUUCGGCAGGUAACAAGCUACUUCUUGGUUGGUGAAAGAUGACAUCAAACAUUGCUUCAGCACAGAACGUGUUGUUUGUAGGACUGUCUAGUGAUGCCUUUCAUCCAUUUUUUAUGAUGCAAGUUCAAUCGAGUUGACAGUUUUGGUGAGCUGAUAUAAACAGAUAAGCAACAUUCAGACAUAUGGGUAAUUUAAUAAUUAACCGACUAUUGUUGCUCUUGAUGGGAAUCCUGUAUGUUCAAAUAUGGUCAGUAUCCUGUUUUAUUUUUUCACAAAUACUGGCCUGUCCCCACAUCAGCUGUUAUUUUUACACCAAUAUAAAGAAUUGAAAAAAGCUUGGGUACAAAUUUGUGAACUCUCUUGGAAACAUGAACAGUUUGAGAAAGUGUUGCAGGAGCCGUACAGCAUUAUAGUGCCUCAAGAUUAAAGGUCUGGAUGUUUUUUGUUUUUUUUUAGCCAAGAACACGUCUAGUCAAGUCAAGUCAACAGUAUUUAUAGAACACUUUCAAACAGCCAUCGCUGCAUACAAAGUGCUGUACAUGGAGCAAUUUAACAUGCACAACAGUAAACAGUAAGACAAAUCGGUAAUAAAGGCGGUAGAAACCACCAAACAGUAAAACCAAGAACAAAUCUAAGUCAUGCUGAGUCGAAUGCCAAAGAAUAGAAAGAAGUGAGUUUUGAGGAGGGUUUUGAAGCUGGGCAGCGAGGAGGCUUGCCGAAUGUUCAGUGGGAGGUCAUUCCAGAGAGAGGGACCAGCAACAGAAAAGGCUCGAUCCCCUCUGAGCCUCAGUUUAGUUCUUGGUACUUCUAAUAAUGUCUGGUCCACAGACCUGAGGCGCCGGGCAGGUGUGUAGGGGCGGAUGAGCUCAGAUAGGUAAGGUGGCGCAAGAUUAUUCAGAGAUUUGAAAACAAAGAGGAGGAUCUUGAAAAUAACUCUAAAAUGAAUGGGGAGCCAGUGAAGGGAUGCCAGAGUAGGAGUUAUGUGCCCCCUCUUACGAGUACCAGUCAAGAGGCGAGCAGCGGCAUUCUGGACCAGCUGAAGGCGCUUAAUGGAGGACUGGCUGACUCCAAAGUACAGGGCAUUGCAGUAAUCCAGCCGGGAUGUGACAAAGGCAUGAAUUACUGUCUCAAAGUGUUCAUGUGAGAGGAGAGGUUUUAUUUUGGCCAGCUGUCUAAGGUGAAAGAAGCUUGAUUUAACAACGGCACCAAUUUGCCGAUCGAGUUUGAAAUCACUGUCCAGUAUAAGGCCCAAGUUUGAGACCGUUGAUUUCAGAUAAGGAGAUAGGGGGCCCAAGUCUACAGGAUGGAAUGUACAAGGGCCACUGGGACCAAACAAUAUCACCUCUGUCUUCUUUUCGUUGAACUUCAAGAAAUUUUGUGCCAUCCAGGUUUUGAUUUCCUCCAGACAGGAUAGGAGUGGAAAAUAAGUUACGUUAAUAGUGUGCUGCUUUGGUGGAGAAGGAAGGGUGUCAGCUACAAAAGUACAGGACUACGCUUAGUCAGCCCUUCAUUUAAUUUAUUUGUCAUCAAUUCCUUUGUUUUUGUUGUGUACUGUAUACCAGGUUGUUUCAAUACUUUUGGAGGGAACCGUACAUGAUCCAGCACUGCUCCCCUCCUGUGUAGUGGCUCAAAAAGUGAAAAGUGUGACUUUAUACAAACCUCACCCCAAAUCUUUCUUGAACUAACUCCCCACACUGUUUCCCCCCAAAAUUGUUGUUUUUUUUUCUUUUUUUGAGAUUGGCUUAAUCCUCCGAGCCACCCACCCAAUUAGACUUGGCAGAGCUACUGAAAACUAGAAGUUGGAACUCCUGAGGUCUGACCUCAAAGCAUUGCAGUCGAAAGUAAACAAAAAUCAUCGCGAACGACAAGCAUAUCCUUCACCAUUCAAGCAAAGAUAAAAAGUAAUCUGUUCUGAUUAAAACUAGAAGAUAUAUUCACAUCGACAAAAGACGUUUUGUAAAUGUCAUCUUUUUAACCAAAUCAUUGAAUCCAGAAAUGAUGGCAGUUUCUAUGUAGACCAGUUUAUCCUUAUGUUAUUGUGUGACAUCAUAUUUUUUCAUGUCAAAUUCGAGUGGAUAUGAAAAAAAAACCCUGCACCCCCGUUUGAACGCUAGGGGUUUUUGAUUUAUAUCCCGUGUGUGUUUUAUUUUGGGACUUUAAAUCAUUCCUCAGUCAAGUCUUAAGAGGGGGUGCACACUUGUGCAACGACAUCUCAGUUGUUUAUUUUUACCUCCAAUCUCGAAAUUAUUAGGGGUUUUUUUUUCUAUUUGAGUUGUAAAGGUUGAAGUUUACAUCAAUGGUGGCACUGAUGAAUCUUUGAACUGAUUUAUCAUGAUCUCAUUUUUUUAGACCACAAAAACUGCCAUUUGAACACGGAUGUGGAGACUUUUUAUAUCCGCUGUAUGUGCCCAGGUUUAUGAGAUUUUAGGUGGUGUGCCUUUGGUUGGACAUUUCUGACUUUUGUUUUUUUAUUUUUAUUUUUUUUAAUGCAACAAUAAUGUUCAAGGAUUUGUUUUCAUGGACAAAUUCAGAAAGUGUUCAUUUGAUCUUUGACUGCGGUUGUUUAUGUGGUGUUCAAAUGCACUGCAUCAAAGCUGUUUCAAAUAUUCUGAUCAUCUGAUGUGAUGAUCACUCAAAAACAACAAUACCAUUCACGAGGAUGCAUCGUGAAUGUCUGCAUCACGGCACACUACAACCACAAUUCUAAAGAUAUUCUUGGAAUCAAACCUAAUUUGUUUGACGUUUAUGGUUUGGAUUCUUGCUCAAAUGUAUUCUAAGCAACGAAAUUUGGAAUCUGGCUAACAUCAGUAGCAAAAAGUGAAUCAAACGACUGAAGAGUAUUCCCACGUGCGAGUCGCCAAAUCGAAAAGCGCUUUUAAAAAGGCAACUUCCAACUGAAUUAAAUGCAUCUUGCAUUUUUAUUUUAACGUCGGCUUUUGCUUGAGGCAAGCACUCAACUGCUGCAACACGUGAGUUGUAUGAAGGAAGCAUUUUUUUCUCUCCACCAUCCACUUAGUCAUAGGUGUCAAACUCAGGUCCUGGAGGGCCCCUGCCCUGCAUGUUUUCCAAGUCUCCCUGUUGAAACACACCUGAUUCAAAUGAACAGGUUCAAUGUCAGGCUUGCGCAGAGCUUGCUGAUCAUCUGAUCAUUUGAAUCAGGUGUGUUGCAACA